UCCCGCAGCUCAUUUGCAUGCCGCCGUGCCGGGGUGCCCGGCAGACCUGCGGCGGAGAAGUUGAGUCAAAGCUGCCGCAAGUGUCCCGCGGAGCCGCCCCGCCCGCCGCCGCCGCCCCGCGCCCGCCGAGGCCCGGCGACCGCCGCGGCAGCGAGCGCCGGCGGCGCCCCCGGGGCUGUCUGACACCGGCCGCCAGCCCGGCGGUCUCUGCCGAGGCAGAAGAUGGCUGAGCGCCGCCUUCCCGCGGGAUGGAGGUAGCCGGUGUGCGGGCGGAGCCGGGCUGCGCUGCGCUUCCCCUCGGCGCGCUGUAAAUCCUGCCGCGCCGCUUGCGGGGCUGGCGCCUCGGGCUCGGCCGGCGCAGCCGCCCCUUUUGUGCCUUUUGCGGUUGGCUUCCCCGUCUUUCCUAUGGCUGGGAUAUACAGCUCUACUCUGAAGACCCUGGAGGAUUUAACUUUGGACUCUGGUUAUGGGGCAGGGGAUUCCUGCAGGUCCCUUAGUCUCUCUUCUUCCAAGUCCAACUCCCAAGCUUUUACCUCUUCUCAGCACAGAGGCAACUGGUGGUACUACUCGGGCUCCAUGAACAGUAGGAAUAACAGCUGGGAUACAGUGAACACUGUUCUGCCGGAAGACCCAGAAGUUGCAGAUAUAUUUUCCAAGUGUCCUAAGCUGCCGGAUCUAGAGGAAUACCCUUGGACUGAUGAAGACAUUGGAAAAAUACUCAGAAAAGGGAAGGGAGAUGGAAAUACCAGAACCUUUACUCAGGAAGCUGUCAGGCGGCUCUCUCAGUUACUGAGGCGUGCCUUGAUCCGGAUCUCCAGGGAAGCUCAGCGUCUCAGCGUGAUGCACUCCAAGUGUACCAGGUUUGAGGUUCAGAGUGCUAUCAAGCUCAUCCAGAGCUGGUCGUUGUCAGAAAGCUGUGUCUUGGCGACUGUCAAGGCGCUUUCUCUGUACAGCAUGAGUGCUGGAGAUGGGCUGAGGAAGGGUAAAUCAGCUAGAUGUGGCCUCACCUUUUCAGUGGGCAGGUUUUUCAGGUGGAUGGUGGACACUAGGAUCUCAGUUAGGAUCCAUGAAUAUGCAGCCAUCUCUUUAACUUCUUGCAUGGAAAACCUUGUAGAAGAGAUUAAAGCCAGGGUUUUGACAAGUCAGAGCCCUGAUGUUGGAGGAGGGGAGAUCUCAGCUGAAAUCCUGGAGAUGGUUAUCAACAAUGAUGCUGAACUUUGGGGAGUGUUGCAACCUUACGAACAUCUCAUUUGUGGGAAAAAUGCUAAUGGUGUGCUGUCUCUGCCUGCCUACUUUAGCCCAUACAAUGAAGGCUCAGCGUGCAGUGAUGGACGGGCUGAUGCAUAUGCCCAGCUGGAACUCCGAACUUUAGAGCAGUCUCUCCUGGCAACUUGUGUUGGAAGCAUCUCCGAACUGAGUGAUUUGGUAUCACGAGCAAUGCACCACAUGCAGUGCUUGAACACCCUCCGCCCAGGCAUGAGCCCAGUUCGGCAAACUCGGCAGCAGCAACCAAUCUCCUGGUCCCCUGACGCUCUCCACACCCUCUACUACUUCCUGCGCUGUCCACAGAUGGAGUCCAUGGAGAACCCCAACCUCGACCCUCCAAGAAUGACCCUGAAUAAUGAACGGCCCUUCAUGCUUCUGCCCCCACUGAUGGAGUGGAUGCGAGUGGCUAUCACCUAUGCUGAGCACCGGCGCAGUUUAACUGUGGACAGUGAUGAUAUCAGGCAGACAGCCAGACUGCUCUUACCGGGACUGGACUGCGAGCCACGGCAACUAAAGCCUGAAUGCUGCUUUAGUUCCUUCCGGAGGCUGGAUGCCAAGGCUGCUACUGAAAAAUUCCAGCAGGAUCUGGGUUUCCGAAUGUUAAAUUGUGGAAGGACAGAUCUGAUCAACCAAGCAAUAGAUGCACUGGGACCUGAUGGGGUUAAUACCAUGGAUGAUCAGGGCAUGACCCCACUAAUGUAUGCCUGCGCUGCCGGAGAUGAAGCCAUGGUCCAAAUGCUUAUAGACGCUGGAGCAAAUUUGGAUAUACUAGUUCCCAGCACCUCUCCACGGUAUCCUUCAGUCCAUCCUGACAGCCGGCACUGGACUGCUCUUACCCUUGCUGUAUUACACGGGCAUAUAUCUGUUGUUCAGCUGCUCUUGGAUGCUGGUGCCCAUGUUGAGGGCUCUGCUGUUAACAGUGGAGAAGACAAUUAUGCUGAGACCCCACUUCAACUGGCUUCAGCAGCAGGGAACUACGAGUUGGUCAGCUUAUUACUAAGCAGGGGUGCUGAUCCCCUCCUGAGUAUGUUGGAAGUCAAUGGUAUGUCUUCAUCACUUCAUGAAGAUAUGAACUGCUUUAGUCACUCAGCUGCACACGGACACAGGAAUGUUCUGCGCAAGCUCCUGACCCAGCCCCAGCAACUGAAGGGAGACGUCCUCUCGCUGGAGGAGAUUUUAGCUGAGGGAGUGGAGAGUGACACCUCCAGCCAGGGCAGCUCCAGUGAGGGGCAGGUCAGGCUGUGCAAAACGAGAAUGAAGGCUCUGCAGGAGGCCAUGUACUACAGUGCUGAGCACGGCUACGUGGACAUCACCAUGGAACUCAGGACCCUUGGAGUCCCAUGGAAGCUCCACGUGUGGAUCGAGUCACUACGGACAACCUUCUACCAGUCUCGCUACUCAGUUGUACAGACCCUCUUACGGGAAUUUGUCACCAUAAAGGAAGAGGACUAUAAUGAAGAGCUGGUUAAUGAAGGGUUGCAGCUCAUGUUUGAUAUCCUCAAAACCAGCAAAAAUGAUUCUAUCAAUCAGCAGCUUGCCUCUAUCUUCACCCACUGCUAUGGCAGCAGUCCUAUACCUAGCAUUCCUGAAAUCCGAAAGACGCUACCAGCUCGGCUAGAUCCUCACUUUCUAAACAAUAAAGAAAUGUCUGACGUAACUUUCUUAGUAGAAGGAAAGCUAUUUUAUGCACACAAAGUCCUGCUGGUUACGGCAUCUAACAGGUUUAAGACCCUAAUGACCAAUAAAACAGAACAAGACAGCCAAGGCAGCAAGACUGUUGAAAUUAGUGAUAUGAAAUACAAUAUUUUCAAGAUGCUGAUGCAGUAUUUAUAUUAUGGAGGAACAGAAUCUAUGGAAAUUCCCACCACUGAUAUCUUAGAGCUGCUGUCGGCUGCCAGCCUGUUCCAACUGGAUGGCCUCCAGAGACACUGUGAAAUCCUCUGUGCCCAGAUGAUCAGCAUGGAGAACUCCGUUAACAUCUAUAAAUAUGCAAAGAUUCACAACGCACCUGAACUAGCCUCUUUUUGUGAAGGCUUCUUCCUCAAACACAUGAGCUCUCUUCUGGAGCAGGACUCAUUCAAACAGCUGAUCUACAGCAGGAACAGCAAAGUGCAAGGCCUAGACCCGCUGCGGGACUUGCAGACGGCCCUGGCUGGCCGCCUGCAUUCUGUGUACGUCACCUCACGGGUGUGAGGCGGGAACGAGGCAGCGGCAGAAGCUCUGGUUCAAACUGCACUGGGCUGCGUGAUCAGGCAGAGCUGUGGCUUUCCUGUUCGCUUUCUGGAGUCAUCAGUUCUUGCUGCAAGUCCCCUACCGCAGAUGCCUCGCAGGCAGGGGCAUGGCGCCUCGUCCCACUGAAGCGGGGGAGCUGGCUUCUCUGUGCCACGCUGUGUCAGAGAAACACAGUCACAGCAUAAACAAGAACUAAGGAUGCAAAUGGAGAACCUGACCUGAAGAGAAGAUCAGUGCUGCCAUUUAAACAAGCACAAGGCAGGGCUAUAGGGCAGUGAGGCAGUUUACCUAGGCUUAACACCUAAUACGUAGUCUCAAGUGUUUGUCUACAUACCGUAACAACCAUCUAGUUCAUACACAUACAUGUUUACUUGUAAAAAACGCUGCACAGAAGGUGUUUUCUAAUCCUAUGGACCACUGCCCAUUCAACAAGUCACCUGUCUGAAUAGAGAGGCUGAUGUACACAAACUGCUUCACUAUAGUAAUAAACACCAGUGUCUGUGAAAAGACACUCUGGCAUAGCUUUCCCCUAAACUGUUUGCACCUUGAGGGAGAGAUUCUGUAGGUGUCCAAGGCUAAGUAGAAACUAAUACUAAUUCUGAAAUUACUCACUCUGCACCUAAUUUGGAGAACUUAGCUGGGGCAGGGAGGGGAGAAUUGUUUGGGGGGGGGGGGGGGGGUUGUAUUUUUUAAUGUAAUUUCACUGUGCUAGUUGUUAAUCUGGAUCCAGUUUGCAAAAAAGGCUAUCUACCCUUUCACUAUAAAGGUUUGAUAGUCCAAAUCAUUUUCAUUAUCAAAACCUGCUUGUGAAUGUCAUCUGUGAGACCUGACACGAUAAAAGACAUUUUCUAAACACUCAGGUGUGGUAGGAACUAGUGCUAUGCUGAAGAAACUGUCCCAAUAGCAUAAAUAGCAAUAAACUCUCCCUAAAACCAUGGGGAACAGACAGCUUGAUGCUUUGUUCUCUCUCUCUCGAGCUAGUUGGGAUCAGAAAUUCUGACCUCUAUUUCCAGCUCUAGUCCUCUGCUUCCACAUCCCCAUCCGUGGAAUGAUACUGUUUCCACAGAUACGCUACCUCAGGGGGAAUGGCGCAUAGUGCACAGCUAACCCUAUUCCAGAGGUAAGCUGCAAGCACUUGCAUUCAGGUUGAGGCAUUGCAUUUAAGAUUGAUAUCUUUCCUUUCCUCACAGUGGACAGAUAUUUCUGUUCAAAAAUGACUCAUUUAGGCCUUUUUCUAGCUGACUUAAGAGACUUAGGAGAUUAAAUAUACAGUUUUGUGUCAACCUGAGGAAGGCAGUUAGUUGCACAGAAACACACACCUUGCUCUCACCAAUAGCUUAAAAGACUUCUGAAAACUCCCACUGGUCUUUGUUAGCACAUACCAAGCAUAUUUGCUAAGAUGCUUUUUAUUGGUUACGGGUGGGUGAAGGAGAAGAGGAGAGAGAGUUUCCAAAGUAGAACUACUGCUUCUUGGAAAUUUAAAUGUUAAUAUUGUAACUAAGUACAUCAAAAGAAGGAGUCUCAGCUGGGCCCAAGUUCCAAUAUAAGGCACAGACAUGGUUUGGGUAGAUGAAGGGAAGGAGAGCAAACUACAGCAUCUCCCAACAGAUCUGUCAAAAUCUGACAUCCCCUCAUCCCUAAAGGAUUUUGCAUCAUAGGCAAAUUGCAUGCAAGGAGAAGAAUUAGUCUAGGAUCAGUAAUGACAGACAAAGAAAUUGGUCAGAGCACGCUCCAGUUUGUGUUUUAGCUACACAUACACUUUUCAAGAUCACCAGCUUCAAUAACCCUAUUUAUUAUCAGAAAGCCAUUAGAGGUGUUUCAAGAUGAUCACUGGUCUGCCUGAAAAAUAGCACAAAAGGCUUUAUCUUGGAAAAUAUUUUCAAGUAGCUGCUCCAGCUGUCUGUACAAAAAUAUAGGUUCUCUUUUGCUGCUGUAAUAUUAUAUGCUUUGUUAUUUGUACAUUAAUGUUGUCAUUUAUGUAAAUGUACCAGGAUUUUAUUAACAACAAUUUUAAAAUACACAGCUGCUGUAUUUAUUCUGCCAUUCUAACAAGAAAAAUGGUAUUUCAACACACUUCUAUGGAAAAGGCAGUUGCAGUGUUAGCAUCUUAAAUUUUUUUUUUAGAUAAAUGUAACUAAUUCUAUGCUUUAAAACAAGGCAUAAAGAGUCAUUUAUUUCCCUUUCCUAGGCUUGAAUAUUUUUUUGAAGUAGUAUGUUUAAGUAACAUUUCCCCUAGCUUAAAUACUUGCCUUGGAUAGAAAAGCAGCAGACAUCAUCAGAGAAAAGUUGUAAUCCUAGGUAACCUACCUACUUAGCAGAAGAUGCAGUAAGCAUAAGACAACUGUUAACUUGCAGGUAUUCAGUCAGUCCUCAGAACUUAAACAUCUGAUUAACUCUCAAAUGCUAAUGAAGAAAACACGUCAAAAAAAGCAGACCGCUUCCUUUCUGCAUCACCUUAAAAACAAAAAGGCUAAAAUGGCUCUGGCUGGUCCACUGCUUGUCUGGUGCCUCGCUCUAGCAGCGGCAAUAUUUGUUUCAGAGUAAAGCGCAUUCAAGAGCGCUCUAACAGCCACACGGAGUCAGGCAGGCAACAGCCCUUUCUAAUGCUGUCCGUGAGUCUGGCCCACCUCACACACAACUUUCCCCAAAGCCAGUGGUUACAGCAGCAGCCAAAGCUGCAUCAGUUUCAACCCCAUUCUUAUUUAAUAAAGCUAGUGACUAAUGGCAAGACAUGGGAAACCUGGAUAGAAAACUGCCAGUCAUUUAUGGCCCCUUUCUUGUUCCCACGUUUAUUAGAGUAGCACACUCGGGCUGUAAAGAGCAAGGGCAUUUAUUUUUCUAUGAGGUAAGAGAUACAGAGGUUUAUUUCCAUUGACAGAGCAAGGAUUUGAACCAAAAGUAUCUAAAUCUUUUCUGAAUUUACCCCAUAAAUCUUGCAGCUCCCUACAGUGUUUGGGCAUACUGGCUGAGCUGUAACUUUGGAUUUGGUCUGCAUCUAUGAGAGGACUCAAAUACUUAAUUUCUUAGGCUGUUGCACACACUUCAGCAGAGGAAACCACUAAUGCAGCCAAUACCCGUAUUGGGCUGCUGAGAAUCUGUUCUUGAUUGUUUCUUCCCUUGAAUUCCUCCCCCCUCCCCAUCUAAACAAAGUGAACUGUACGGCAUAGCUCUGAGGUGUAGCAAGACUUGAAAUCCAGUUCUAUAAUAAAUUAGUUUCGCAAGCA